CGUCACAUAUUUGAAAGAGUUCAAGAAAAUAAAGACAUGGAAGCCAAAAAGAGUAUUUCAAAAGACGCAUUUCGGGUUCAGGAGCUUAAAGAGGUCAAACGCUUUUUGAGUCCGCCAGGCGAUAAAGCAGAGGAGCCGUCGAGCGUUACGAGUAUGUCGGCUUUUACGGCAGCGAAAAACGUCGAGUUGGUAAAAAGCGUCUCGCCGCCACAGCAUCUCGCACUCAGCGGCGACCGGCGGAGGACGGCCGGCGGUGACGCCACAGCGGGGCGGGACAACAAGUCCGACUCCGCCGCCGCCGCCGCCGCAGCAGCAGCAGGAGCAGGAGCAGGAGCAGGAGCCGUCGUCGUCGUUUCAGGCAGCGGCAGACUUGUUGGCAGCGCACGACGUGGACGACCGGGCACCGCCGCGAGCUGCUGGACUCCGUCUGGAUUUUCAGGCGUACCGACAUCCCAACUUUUGCUGACUGACCAACCUCAGGUCAAUCACAGAAACAUGUCUGGAAAAAUAUCAAAAGAGGAGCUGGAGGAAAUGAGGGAGACCUUUGGGAAGAUUGAUCUGGACCACGACGGCUUCAUCAGUGAUUACGAACUGACCGAUCUCCUGAAAGAGACCGGCCAUCCGCAGCCCGGUUACAAGGUCCGAGAGAUCAUCCACCGACUCGAUCGCAACCACGACAAUAAGAUCAGCUUCAACGAGUACAUCGCGAUUGUGAACGAGUUGAAGGGCAGCGAAAUAGCCAAAACCUUCCGCAAAGCCAUCAACAGGAAAGAAGGCAUCCUCGCCAUCGGAGGCACGUCGGAGCUCUCGAGCGAAGGAACGCAACACUCCUUCUCUGAGGAGGAACGUUUCGCUUUCGCCAAGUGGAUCAACAGUGCUCUGGAAAGAGACCCCGACUGCCAACAUGUCCUGCCCAUGGACCCCACCACAGACUCUCUGUUCACAUCUGUAGCCGACGGGAUCUUGCUCUGCAAAAUGAUCAAUCAAUCAGUGCCGGACACCAUCGACGAGAGGACAAUAAACAAGAAGAAGCUCACACCCUUCACAGUGCAGUUGGACACUUGCCUUAAGCCUACCGUCGGACCCUCACAGGAGAAUCUCAACUUGGCGCUGAACUCUGCCUCGGCCAUCGGCUGCCACGUCGUCAACAUCGGCGCUUUGGACUUGAAGGCGGGGAAGCCCCAUCUGGUGCUGGGCCUGCUGUGGCAGAUCAUCAAGAUCGGUUUGUUUGCCGACAUCGAGCUCAGCAGGAAUGAAGCUUUGGCGGCGCUGCUGAGAGAAGGCGAGACCCUGGAGGACUUGAUGAAGUUGUCCCCCGAAGAACUGCUUCUACGCUGGGCCAACUUUCACCUGGAGAACGCCGGCUGGCAGAAGAUCAACAAUUUCAGCUCCGACAUCAAGGACUCCCGGGCCUACUUCCACCUCCUCAACCAGAUUGCUCCCAAGGGGACCGAGGAAGGCCAGCCGGCCAUCGACAUCAAGAUGUCGGGCUUCAGCGAGCGGGACGACGUCAAGCGGGCCGAGGCGAUGCUGCAGCAGGCCGACCGGCUCGGCUGUCGACAGUUCGUCACCCCGGCUGACGUCGUGAGCGGGAAUCCCAAACUGAAUCUGGCCUUUGUGGCCAAUCUGUUCAACAAAUAUCCUGCACUGACCAAACCUGAGAACCAGGACAUUGACUGGAACCUGCUGGAAGGUGAAACGCGAGAGGAGCGGACGUUCCGAAACUGGAUGAACUCCCUCGGCGUGAACCCCACCGUCAACCAUCUCUACGUGGACCUGCAAGAUGCGAUCAUCAUCCUGCAGCUCUACGAGAAGAUUAAAGUGGAGGUGGACUGGAACAACAAAGUCAACAAGCCGCCGUACCCCAAGCUCGGAACCAACAUGAAGAAGCUGGAGAACUGCAACUACGCCGUGGACCUCGGCAAAGGCGCCAAGUUCUCGCUGGUCGGCAUCGCCGGGCAGGACUUGAACGACGGCAACGCUACGCUCACCCUGGCGGUGGUCUGGCAGCUAAUGAGAAGGUACACGCUUAAUGUUCUGGAGGAACUGGGUGACGGAGAGAAGGUCAAUGACGACAUCAUCGUCAGAUGGGCCAACAAAACAUUAACCGAAGCUGGAAAGAACACCAGGAUUUCAAGCUUCAAGGACAAGGAGAUCAGCAACAGCUUGGCAGUACUCGAGCUGAUCGACGCCAUCCAGCCCGGCAGCGUCAACACCGACCUGGUUAAGACGGGCCACCUCUCGGAAGAGGACAAGCUGGAGAAUGCCAAGUACGCCAUUUCCAUGGCGAGGAAAAUCGGAGCCCGGGUCUACGCUCUGCCCGAGGACCUCGUGGAAGUCAAGCCCAAAAUGGUGAUGACGGUCUUCGCGUGCCUGAUGGGCCGAGGGAUGAAGCGCGUCUGAAGAGUUUUGACGCCCGCCGUCAUUGUGACACUUGCCGACGUCCGCUUUUGGGAACCGUCCCCCUUCCAUCCUCUCCCAAGAAUGAAUGAAUGAAUGAAUGUAUCCUCGAAGAAGAUUGAAAGCAUCUCUGCCUCUUUGGAAGACGGCGUGCUGUUAUUUCAAAUCUCUUAAAUUUCACAUGUUUACCGACAGCUCGCGCUGUGCACUCUCCAUAAAAUGUUACACGAUCGACUUGGAAUUUACUGCCAUUGGUUUCCACACGUUCCUCAAAUCAUUCCAGAAGGCCCAACAUCCACGCGUGCCCGCGUCAAUCCAUUUAUUUACAUAUCAGUGUACAGAUGCCGUAAGGUCACGCUAAAGCGACGACCUCUCUCUAUAUGCGGUGUAUUUUUCUAGCUUAUGUAUUUUUGCGGGAGACGACGCGCCGGCCCGGGGCUUCCGUUUUUUUUUUGCUCCGUGUCCGACGAGGAGCAGGUCGUCGGUCGGGACUCCGCUGUGCCUUCUCGUCUCCGCGACGACCUUUUACUGGAACUUUUUGCCCUUCCGCCGCCUUUUUGCAUGCAAGCGUCACCAAAUGUAAAGCGCAACGACGACGGCCGCGCGGUCACGUCGACUCCAAAGUUGUUCACGUGUUUUCAAUAAAUUUUGAAAUUCUGAAAACUC